AUGUCUUCCUUCUUCACGCUUCCGGCGUCACAGAAAAAGCGAAAACGAGAAAAUCCUGUUGCAGGCAAGGCGAGGAAAAGGCGGGAGGUUGCAGACGGCGACAAAGCACGAGAGCAGCCAGACAAUCAGUCCCGUCGAAAAGGGAGACAACCAAGAAAUCGAGAUCGACAGCGAGACGAGUCAAUAUCUGGAAGCGAAUCUGAAGACGAGAUCCAAGCAGAGAGCGAUGCGGACGAGUCAGAAGCUACAUCUGAAGAGGGCGAGACUGCGGCCGAGCGCCGAGUCAGACUUGCACAACGAUACUUGGAUAAUAUCAGGCAGGAAAUAGACGAGACUGGGUUUGACGCCGAAGAUCUCGACAGGGACUUAAUUGCACAACGGCUGAAAGAGGAUGUAAACGAGGCAAAGGGCAGACAGUAUCGACUGAUUGCUGAGAACUUGGACUUUGUGAAUGCCACUCACAUGGCAUUUCGCGCGGACACCGAAUCAACAACUGGCGUCGCAGUUUGUCAACCUUACGCGUACACUGUGAGCAAGGACAAGACAUUAAUCAAAUGGGAACUUCAACCACCAAGCACUUCCUCAGAUGGUCAAAAAUCAACGGUUCCACGAAGACGACGGCCGAAGCAACUGGCAUAUGUUCGAGGCAUCAAAAUCAGGGCACUUGAAUCCCAGCAGCAUGGCCAUACCGGACGUAUCUACUCUGUGGCAGCCUCCCCCGACGGAAAAUUCGUGGCCACAGGAGGAGCGGACAAGAAGCUCAUAAUUUGGUCAGCAGAUGACCUCCGGCCGUUGAAGACUUUCACGACCCACAGAGAUGGAGUUACGGGACUUGCAUUCGCACCCAACUCGGCUAAUCGAACUGGCUUUGGUCAACAACUGUUCAGCGCAAGCAUGGACCGGUCUUUGAAAACCUACAGCUUGGCUGGUGAGGAUAGCCUCGCAUACGUCGAGACACUCUUCGGUCAUCAAGACCAUAUUGUUGAUGUCUCGGCCGUGUCCGUGGAUCAAUGCGUCACAGUCGGUGCUCGGGAUCGAAAGGCCCUAUGGUGGAAGUUUGUGGAUGAAUCGCUCACUAAGUUUCUGGGUGACAGUUCUAAAAACGAUGAAUACCAGACCGGCAGUCUGGAUUGCGUGGCUGCAUUGCCGCCACAGAACUUUGUCACCGGAACUGACUCGGGCUCCAUCAGUCUCUGGAGUAUUCAUAAAAAGAAGGCUGUUUUCACCCUCCAGACCGCACAUGGUGUUGAAGAGCCGCCUCCGCUUGAAGCGGUGACGUCGGAAGUGGACCCCAAGGUCAUCGAGGCGCUGAAGAGGGAUGAUAGACGAAGGCCAAUACCCCGAGCUAUCACUGCUUUAGCCGCCUUGCCUGGCACUGAUGUGGUUUUGAGUGGGAGUUGGGACGGCUGGAUUCGUGCAUGGAAACUGAGCGAUGACAAAAGGUCACUUUUGCCUCUUGGACCUGUGGGAAAAGUUGAAGAGGGUACGGACAAGCCAAAUGGGCUUGUCAAUGGGGAAUCACAGGGGAGGAAUGGACACUUGAAGGGAGACACUGAUACAGCAGAGAAUGGGACAACUGUAUCAGCCAAUCCACUGUCUGGCCCAGUGCGAGGCUUUGUCAAUUCUUUGGCAGUGUUUGAGCGAAGAAGACUCAUCGCAAACGAAUUUGGAGGCAAGAAAGAGGGCGAGUGUCAGGGUCUGUGCAUCGUGGCUGGAACUGGCAAGGAGAUGAGGUUGGGGCGGUGGAAGAAAAUUCGUGAGGGCCGGAAUGGUGCGAUAGUGUUCGAAGUACCAUUGAAGGCGAAGUCGGUGUAA